GCUUAGAAACCAUUAUUUAUUUGAUAGCCUUUUGACUUGAAUCAGAUCUCUGCCCCAUACAUUUUCAUAAAUUUAACUUUUAGAUAUGUCGAUUGUUGCUUUCCUGUGAAACUUUCUUGAGGAAGUGACUUUUCCCUCUUACAGAUCUAACAUAAGGCCAGACUAUGCAGACUCCAAUUUCCAUGACUUCAAGAUGCAUACCUUCACUCGGGUGACAUCCUGCAAAGUCUGCCAGAUGCUCCUGAGAGGAACAUUUUAUCAAGGCUAUUUAUGUUUUAAGUGUGGAGCAAGAGCACACAAAGAAUGUUUGGGAAGAGUAGACAAUUGUGGCAGAGCUAAUUCUGGUGAACAAGGGCCGCUCAAACCACCAGAGAAACGGACCAAUGGACUCCGAAGAGCUUCCAGACAGGUGGAUCCAGGUGUGUUUCUGAUUAUUCAUUCUGUGAUGACUUCAGUUAAGUGAUUAGGAAAGUGGGUGGGAAUCGCUGUAGACAGCAGGUGUCCUGUUGACCUUAGAUCCUCUCACUCCGGUGCAUACUGUGUGACCAGGAGGCGAAGGUCUAGAGUAAAUCAUUCACAGGAUGAAUAACCCCCAGUCCACACUUUUCCCACAAUCACCUGCUGAGCUGGUCAUUUGCAGGCUGAACAGUCUCAGAGUGACUGGUUAAUAUCAACAUACCCAGCUUGCUCCCUCCCUGAGAAAACCAACUAGCAACCUGGCUGUUGUACAGGGAAAGCAUGCAACUGGUACCCCCGCCCCCUAAUUUGGGAACGUUUCUUCAUUUUAU